AGAUUUAUUUUUAUUUUUUCAACAUUUUAUUUUUCCGCAGUUUUUAUUUUUUAAAGAAGAAAGUUUAAUAAGCAAUUCGAAAUCAGUUUUAUAAGUCACCAUUUGUAAACUUUUUGCAUUAACAAUCGUUAAAAAAAGUUUUUACAUCCUAAAAUGUUUGUUACAAUGAAGUUUAAAAUAAUUGUUAUCUUGUUGUUUGGAGUUGUGAAAAACGAUUUUCCAACUGUUGCAACUCUAAAAGAAGGUGCUGCUAUUUUUUCGAGAAUCUUGGACUACUAUACCAAUAAAAUCACCCAAUAUAAAGCCUUAAACGAUGAUUUUAACUCAAUCAAAAACAGUAUACAAUUUCUAAAAGCUGAUGGCCAGAAAAUAAACGAUCAAUUUAACCAUGGUGUUGCAAGUUUAUUUGAAAAGAAAGUAAAAUCUUUGGAAAGUAUUAAAAAAAAGAUACUUGAAGAAAAAGAAUCAUACAAGUACGUUGAAAACCUGGAAAGAUUUGAAUAUCCCAACGUGCGGGAUAUUUUUGAGGAAUACUCCCGAGAUAAAAACACAAGUUCUCCAGUGGUAGAGAUUGUAGGACCUUUUCCAACCGAUGUCUUUAUAAAUUUGACACGAAGUUUUGUCCAUAUACCCACGAAUAUUUAUGCAUAUAGUUCUGAUAUGUUGAACAAAGUCUUAUGGACUCAAAACCUAGAUGAUGUUUUUAUUCCAAACCAACUUAAUGAUGUUCAUCUUAUUAUGGAGGAGUAUUGCGAACCAUCUGGCUUUUUGCGAAUGUUUCCAGGGAAUUUAAAUGGUUAUAAUAAGACUGGACCAGAUUUAUAUGAUUGCAGAAAUCGUGUUUGGUAUCAAAUGAGUUCUGCAAGUCCAAAAGAUGUUGUAAUUGUUAUUGACACUUCAGGGUCUAUGGCAGGAACAAAUAUAAUUAUUGCUGGAAUUACAGCAAAAGCAUUAAUAGAUACUUUGACGGAAAAUGAUUACUUCAAUGUUUUGACAGUUGGCAAAAGUACUACUUAUGUUACGCCAUGCAUAAAGUUUCUCAUCCAAGCCACAAAGUUUAACAAAGAGAGAAUGAAAUAUAAUAUUAACAAGAUAGCUGAACCCACAGGUCAGCUCAACCUUUCUGAUGGUAUCAGUUCAGCCUUCAAGACUUUAAAUUCAGAUACUAACUUUAAUCGCACUUACACUUCUGGUUGUAACAAACUAAUUAUGGUGAUAAGUGAAGGAAUAGAAGGGGAUUAUAAAUCUGCAGCGAAAGAUAUUUUUGAUAAAAUGAAUAAAGAUAAAAAAGUACGUGUAUUUUCAUAUCGUGUUGGAAGAGUAAAAAAUCCAAAUAAUCAAGCUCUUAAAGAGAUGUCUUGUAAUAAUCGAGGUUAUUUUUAUCAAAUAGAAACCCUCAAUAAUAUUUGGGAUACUGUCCCGGAAUAUCUAAAUGUACUAAGCAGGUCUAUUGCAAAUUCAAGAGAGGAAGUAAAACCAAAAAUAUCUCCUCUAUACUUAGAUAGUGCAGGAGCUGGAAUGGUUUUAACAAUAUCAUUAGGUAUUUUUAGUGAUGGAAAUUAUUCUGGUGUUGUUGGAGUUGAUAUGCUAAGUCGUGCUGUGAAACAACUAGUUCAAAGUAAUUCAUUAGGUUAUUUUAGCCACACAUUGGUUAUAAAUAGCAAUGGUUUUAUAGUUUCUCAUCCAAAGUUUAAAGAACAAGGAGGUUAUCUUACCCCUCCUGGGAAUGUCUAUUUUGAAGAUUUAGAAUACAGUCAAAAUCCAAAUGAUUCAAUUACUUUAAAGUCGCGCAUGAUCAACGGAGAAAAUGGUUCUGUUAACUUAAUGACAUAUUGGCUGUAUGAUAACAACCGUAAACUUGCAGAAAAUAAUCUGACUUAUUAUUUCAAUCCUGUCAAUAACACUUUACUUUUUUCAUCUUUUGCAUUAAGUGAUGUUGAUAGAACAUUUUUUCAGUUGGACAGAAACGUUAGCAAUAGUAUGUAUGAAAGCGGAUUGGUUGCUCUUUACAUUUAUGAAUCUGAAAAUUUUACUGAAAAUGCUACUACCCCUGCACAACCCACUUACGUUGACAUACCGAAUUGGUUGUAUUGUAAUAUAACAUCCGCUGAUGUAAAUAAAACCACCAAUGAUAUAAAGGUCUAUCCUAAAGCAAAAGAAGUUUAUGAAUUUUUGUUAAAUUAUGGAAGUAUAGAUAAUAUAACUGAAGAUUGUGAUGAAAUUUUGGUUUCUUCAUUGCUGGUUACAGCUGGUUUUGCUUUUUUGCGUAUUAAUCAGUCAUGGGCAUCAUUUUUAGAUGAAAAACAAUUGGAAGAUCCAGAUUUUCAAUCUGUGUAUGUUGGAACUGCUGGAGGAUAUACUAGAUACUUUGGAUUAAAUAUUACUGGCGUUCCUCCACGUGACACUCUUCGCACUGAACUAUUUGAACAAGCGUUAGCUAUGCCUUUAUUUAAUAUUUUAGUUUCUGUCCCGAUCCGUGAAGUAUUUAAUGAUGAGGUUGUCUUUCUUAAAGUAAAAGCUUCAUCUUGGAUUGAACGUGAUGGCAAUAAAAUAUUAAUGGCAGUUACCGGCACAGAGAUGAACUCAGGUUUGAUAAAAGAGAUAUUUGAUAAUAUGACACUAUCAAUCGGAUUGAAGGACGAUUGCAAAAAUAAUAACACGUUUGUAUGCGCUGUCGUUGAUCAAAAUGGUUAUAUAGUCGUUAGUAAUCAGGGUGGUGAAUUAAUUGGACGCUUUUUAGGCGAAAUACAAGGACAACUUAUGGAACAUUUUUCAAGCCCUGAUAUUUCUGUAUUUAAAAAGGUUACUUUAAAAGAUAGUCAAGCUGUUUGUCUUGAAGAAAAAACUUAUAAUUCUAAUGCAGAUCAUUUACUGAAUCCUGCUAUACUAUUGUUUAAACUAUGCUCGUGGUUGUUAUGCUCUAUGUUAUCGUUAAUGUAUCAUUUCAUAAUGCUUGCAUUCUCCGUAAUCCGAAUACCGCUUGGGGAUUCAUUGAACCCCGAUAACUUUAUUAACAUAACUUGCUCUAAGAGGCUGUCCUUUUAUUUAUUCCAGAGUAACAAAUGGGAUGAAUUACUUAACCGAGAAGAACUAGGGAAAAAAAGUAAAAGAAGUCAGUUUACUCUACGUAUUGUCCAAUGCACUAAAUCUAAAUCGCAGCUAUAUGUUUUAUCUCCAAUACCUAACACAAAUUUAAUAUUUAUAGUAGCAAAUCAGCCAGAUGAACGUAGUUGUAGGAAAAAUAUAUCUUUAGUAGAAGAUAUUGACCAAUCAGAUGAUUUUUGCACGCAAGAGGAACCAUAUCGAAUAAUGCCUGGAAAAUGUUAUAGCGAAACAAACCCGGAUGAUGAAUUGCCCCAAUAUUGCGGCGUUGCUAGAAAUUUUCGCGCUUCUAAAACUGUUUUCUUUACUAUUUUUAUGUUUGGACUUAUGAUCAAGUUAAAAAUUAUAGACUACGCGCUGAUAAAUUAAACCUGGGUGACAAAACACAUAUUCUGACUUAAUAGUUAAUAUAAGGUGUGUUUUUAUUGCCCUA